AUGAAGCUUCCUGGCCAGGAGGGCAAAACCGCUGCAGUUGUAGGGACUGUAACUGAAGACGCGCAUGCCCAGGAGGUGCCCACACUGAAGGUGUGUACGCUUCGUGUGAGCAGCCCCGCAGGGAGCUGCCUCCUCAAGGCUGGGGCCAAGAUCCUCACUUUGGACCAGCUGGCCCUGGACUCCCCCAAGGGCAAUGACACCGUCUUACUCUCUGGCCCUUACAAGGGUCCAGAGGUGGUCAGGCAUUUCAGCAAGGCCCCAGGAACCCCUCACCAGUGCACCAAGCCCUGUGUGGGAUCCAAGGGCUGGAAAUUUGAGCAUACGAGAGGCCAUCUGGCCAGCCCUGGCUACAUGAAAUAA